CCGAUACGGCUGCACUCGAGAACUUGUCUUCCUUCUACUCCGUACACGCCUAGGCGCUCUCCUUCAAUGCUAGGCGAGUACUCCAUAUGAACACCUCACAGCGCAGAACCAGCACCAGAUAGAAUUCGUCCGUUCGUUAUCCUAGCAUGGCCAUUAUUGAAGCCAGAGCUCCUGGCCAGGGAUCAGAGUACAUUCCGGUAGUGCCGGCGACCUCGAACGAGUGGGAAAGCAGUUCGACUUGGGUCGAGUCGACGACUCCAGCCUGGACAUCAUCAUCUUGGACGCCGUCGAGCUCUUGGGGUUGGGCUACGAGCACGACACCCUGUACGACUAGCACCUGGGUACCUAUCUCGACCUGGGUACCUAUCUCGACGACGCCAUGUACCACCACGCUUGUGACAACCCCAUGCAGUACCACGUCGCUUGUACCUGGUGUCACCACUGGCCCCUCUGAGGUCAUCGUCGUGCACCACAGUGGUGGUGGCCUAUCGCCUGGCGCGGUGGGCGGCAUCGUCAUCGGCGCUUUCUUUGGCGUGUUCCUGCUCUUCCUUCUAUGCAUCUUCUGCCUCAGAGCCCGACGGCGCAACGCAUACUACGUUGACGACGAAUCAUCAGAAGAUAGCCGCCGGCGCCGGCCGCGACCGGUCGAUCCUUACGGAGGCAGAGGGAUGACUUUCGUGGGCGGCGGCAAUCAGCGAGAGACGAAGGUCGUCAUCACAAAAAGUCAGCGCAUGUUUGUUCGACCGCCUCCUGCGAAGAGGGAGAGGAUCGAGACUUACCGUAAAGAGAGGAUGGUGGUUGUGGAUGAAGACGAUGACUAG